AUGGCAGCCACCGGGGUGUUGCCUUUUGUAAGAGGCAUAGAUUUUACUCGGAAUAAUUUCCAGAAUACUUUUCCCAAAGAUGUAGCUGAAAUGACAGGAUUGAGAUGGCUCCGCCUGAACAGAACCAACCUUACCAAUGUUCCAGAAGAAAUCAACUGUCUAAAAAGACUGGAACAUUUGUCCAUUACCCGUAAUAAUUUAAAAGAAAUGGGAUAUUCUGAUACAGCUUUUAUUUCCAGUGAUUUAUCUGUUGUGGAUCUCAGCCAUAAUAAUCUAAAUGAAGUACCAGAACAACUAGAAAAAGUCAAAGGCUUAUUAGUACUCAAUCUCAGCAACAACCAGAUUGAAAACAUACCAAACAACCUUUUUGUUAACUGUACUGAUUUGGUAUACUUGGAUCUCAGUGAUAACAAACUCGAAACAAUUCCUCCUCAGAUCAGAAGGUUGGUCAGUCUGCAGACAUUGAAACUGAACAAUAAUCCUUUGGCACAUACACAAUUACGUCAGCUACCUGCAUUGGUAUCAUUAACAACUUUACACAUGAGAAAUUCCGAGAGAACACUCAAUCACUUCCCCCAGAGUUUGGACAGUUUGGUAAAUCUUGAAGAUGUGGAUUUAUCUUACAACAAUCUGCCAAAAGUUCCUGAAGCCCUGUACAAUUUGAAAUCUUUGAAAAGGUUCAACCUGAGCAAUAAUGAAAUUAGUGAACUUUCUUCUCUUAUUGACACUUGGGUAAAUAUGGAAACAUUGAAUCUUUCAAGAAAUAAACUUUCUUGUUUACCUUCAUCAUUGCAUAAACUCGCCUCACUGAAAAAACUCUAUGUGAACAGCAACAACCUUGACUUUGAUGGAAUUCCUGCCAGUAUUGGGAAAUUAUACAAUCUGGAAAUCUUCAGUGCCACAAAUAACAAUUUAGAAAUGAUUCCAGAGGGUCUCUGCCGUUGUGGGAAGUUGAAGAAACUUUUAUUAAAUCAAAAUCGUCUCAUUACCCUGCCUGAAAUUCUUCAUUUACUGCCUGAACUUGAGACGUUGGAUGUGCGUGACAAUCCUGACUUGAUUAUGCCCCCAAAACCCGAAGAAUUAAGAACAAGGAAAGAAUUCUACAACAUUGACUUUUCUCUUGCCAAUCAACUUCGGUUGGCAGGUGCAGCUGCUCCUGCCCAAACUGAACAAACAUCACCUCCAAAAGACGCCAUUGCUCGAAAACUUAGAUUACGUCGGCGACAUGAUGGUGGACAUGAGAGUGAAAAGGUUUUGCGGGGCAUGCGAGAUGUUGCUGAAAGUAAAGCUGUGUCUGAUUUUGCAGAUGAUGCAGAUGAAAGAGGAUUACUCAAGCCGAAGCGUCUUGAAGAUACACUAGAAAAGCACCAACUUGAUUAUAGCCAGAUAUUUGAUGAGGAUGUUGGACAGAUUCCUGGCUUGACUUGUUGGGAAAUUGAGAACUUCCUGCCCAAUCAAGUUGAUGACUGUCUAAUUGGCAAAUUCUAUGAAGCAGAUUGCUACAUUGUUUUGUCCACUGACAUGGAUGAAAAUGGCAGUUUAUGUUGGCAAAUUUAUUACUGGAUUGGCUCCAAAGCCACUUUGGAUAAAAAAGCUUGUGCUGCAAUCCAUGCUGUAAAUCUUCGUAAUUUGCUUUUUGAAACCAGAACCAGUCGCCAAGAAAUGAAUGAAGAAGAAGAUGAGUUCUUGGAAUUAUUUGAGCAUGGAAUUUCGUAUAUUGAUGGUGGAAGAACUGCCAGUGGCUUUUACACAGUUGAAGAAGUGGCAUUUGAGAAAAAAUUAUAUCGGGCUUCAGGGAUACAGAGAAUUCAUUUGGAAAGAUGUGAUGCUACAGCUUGUUCCUUGGAUCCUCGUUUUGUGUUCUUAUUUGACUCUGGCUUUAACAUUUACAUUUGGGAAGGUAAAAGAGCCAAAGGGGUUACAAAGACCAAAACACGGUUAAUUGCUGAAAAGAUAAAUAAAAACGAACGUAAGAACAAAGCAGAAAUCAUCAUGGUGAAACAAGACGGUGAUGAUGUGACAUUUUGGCAAUCACUUGGUGAUUUACAUUCCACCUUCCAAAUUAAGGAACAUGUACCAGAUGAGUUCCAGCCAAUGAAUCCUCGUUUAUACAAGGUUGGAUUAGGAAGGGGUUAUUUGGAACUUCCACAAGUGGAUAUCCCUCAUAAUAAACUUGAGCAAAAAUUACUGGACACCAAGUGUGUAUACAUCCUGGACUGUAACUCUGAUCUGUUUGUUUGGAUUGGAAAAAAAUCCACACGUCUUGUGCGAGCAGCAGCCCUGAAGUUGUCACAGGAAGUGUGUAGCAUGCUCAAACGACCAGAGUAUGUGACAGUCACAAGGUGUCUAGAAGGUACUGAACCGCAGAUAUUCAAAACCAAAUUCAUUGGCUGGGAUGAUGUCAUUGCAGUUGACUAUACAAGAUCUGCAGAAUCUGUUAUUCGAAGAGGUGCUGAUAUGAAGGUAAGACUUUCUUUAAACAUUUUUCUUAUUAUUGACAUGAUAACUUGA